GUCCAGGGUGGAUAUCGUUCGUUGACCUACAGUCAUCAAAUUGAUCCCAACAAGGAGCUGUGCCGUUAUGAAGUUGCAUCCGGUGUUUGCAACGACAGUUCGUGUGAAUAUCAACAUUUCCGCGAUAUGGGUGUUUCUGACGAUACUCUUCUCCUUCAAAUGGGCAUGAACGGCAACCCUGGCCAGAGCGCCGAAUACAGGCAAGGCCUGAGGGAUAUCCUACAAGAGAUGAGGGACAAUAACAACCUCGAGACGGAAGCUGUUGCCACACGCGUGGCCCAGUAUCGAAGAGAGUUCCUCAAGGACCCCUCUAACAUACUUGGUUUG